CGGAAACGGACGAAGUCAUCUAAACGAGGUUACCGUUUUGCUGGACGAAGAAACGCGAGAAAGGGCGACAAUCACUGCCGAGUACUGGGAUAGUGAGCAUCCUCAUGUGCAAGGUGCAGCUGAUAGGGAUAAUCGGUCAGAUCUCAAGCAUUGUUAUUUGCCUUUGCUAUAUACUCUCCUUUGGCCAUAUUGCGCACUAGGAGGCUUUUUGGGCGGUGGACUUGUUGAUGUCAC